CCGAGUUUGUCGGUUGUGUGGUAUCUGCAUAUGGAAAUGUUUGGUCGAUUCCACAGCUACUUCCGAUGUUUACUAGGAAGCAUUCCGUUCGUUCUAGUCACUCCUUUGGCACUCCGUCUCUACAGAUACCCAAUCGUAAUGGUUAUUAUUUUUUGGUUUCUAUCAGUUGUGUUCAGUGCCACUCACACUUUAUAUGAUUGGAAUUUACUCUUCUGUUUGAUGCUGCUUGAGCCCCGCUCUCUAGUCCGUAUGCGAUUUCUUCCGUGUCUUGUCAGCUUUUGCGCUUGGCCAGUACCAGUUCUUUUGUAUUCAGCGGGAUACUGGAUGUGGCUGGAACCGAGCAACGGUGAAGCAAACUACAUUUUCUUUCAGUGUCUGGCCUACAACAUUUUCAUCGCAAUGUUACUAGUUGAAUUCACUGGUGCAAGUCUGAGUCGCGAC